AUGCCCAGACUGGAGCCUUUGAAGGGUGGAUACUAUGUGUGGCACUAUGUGCCAUCAAUAGCCGCAUCUAUCGUUUUCAUUCUCCUAUUCCUCGCCGUUACCUCUUUCCACUUCUGGAAGAUCUUCCGAACAAAAGUUCGUUUCACCUUGCCAUUCGCCAUUGGAGGCUUGUUUGAAUUAAUCGGAUACGCCGCUCGAGCCGGCGCCUAUGACAAAACAGGCCACCUGAUGCCCUAUAUCAUUCAGAGUGUCUUUAUUCUCAUUGCACCGACUCUCUUUGCGGCCGCUGUCUAUAUGGUUCUCGCGCGGAUUAUUCGGAGCGUCAAAGCUGAGCACCUCUCGCCUAUUCCCAUCAGAUUUGUCACCAAGGCUUUUGUCACCUGUGAUGUCCUCACAUUUUUCAUCCAAGGUGGGGGUGCUGGCCUGAUGUCGCAGAGUAGUCUGACCAACACUGGACAAUAUAUUGUCCUUGCUGGCCUCAUCCUGCAAAUUGCCACGUUCGUUAUGUUUCUCAUCACGGCGACGAUCUUCAAGUUGCGUAUGGACCGCCAUCCAACUAUUGCGACUAUGAAUAGUGAUGUGCCAUGGGUGAAACACCUCUACAGCAUGUAUGCUAUAAGCGCAAUGAUUUUGCUCCGAUCUAUCUUUCGUGUUAUCGAGUAUGGGCUUGGAAAUGAUGGGUAUUUGCUGUCAAAUGAAUGGCCCACAUACAUCCUCGACGCACUCCCCAUGUUUCUCGCAAUGGUAUGUUUCGCUGCUUGGUAUCCAAGCGAGCUGCAGCCCUUUUUGCAUAAGGGAGAUGCACUACCUAUCGAAUCAGUGGAACAGAAGGUUUGA